AUGAGGGGACAAAAUCUGAAAAUAACUACGACGGUAGUGAAUAUUCGGAACAAAAUGAGAAACAGAAUGUAAACCAAAAGAUGUUAGAUUUUCUUACAUGAAACAUCAUAAUCGUGCGGGAACUGGAAGAAUCGUGCAAGCAUGCUAGUCGUGAUUUGGUGGGCAUCUCAUCCAUCAUUGCGAAAAGCGAUUGAGAUGACCGUCUAAUUUUCGAACCUGUUAGUAGAAAUUUGACCUCCUAAAUUCUUUCUUAAAGAUUUGAGCUCUCCAAAGCAAGUGAGACACGAAGACAAAAUCUGCUAACCCACAUGGGACUUCCGUACUUGGCGCCUUAAUUUGAUGGCUGCUUACUAAUGCAUUGGGAUGAAGUGAGGAAGCUGCUCCUCUUCUUCUUCUCCAGCAUCUUUCUUCCCUCACAUAUAAAUACACCAUUCUCGGUCUCGCCAUUGGCAUUCUGCACGUCUCAAACCCUCCAAGCUCUACAAAGAAACCAGCUCCACAAACAAAACAAAAAAAAUGGCUUCCAGCUGGUUCCCUUCUCUCUGCUUCCUCACCCUACUCUUCUUCGCCUCCAUCGCUUCAGCCGCUUCCCCUCCUCGACUCCUCGACGCCCUGCUUCCCAACGGGAACUUCGAGCAGUCCCCGCCGGCGUCCAAGCUCGUCAAAAGAACCAUCAUCGGCCGGCACUCCCUCCCCGGUUGGGAAAUCGACGGCCCGGUCCAGUACGUCUCCGGCGGGCCGCAGCCCGGCGGGUUCUACUUCGCCAUCCCCCGUGGCGUCCACGCCGUCCGCCUCGGAAACAGAGCCACCAUCUCGCAGACCAUGAACCUCGCCGCCGGCGGUGUCUACAGCCUGACGUUCGGGUCCACCAAGUCGUGCGCGCAGGAUGAGGUGCUCCGCGUCACGGUGGUUCCCGCCGCCGCUGGUGGUAAGAGCGGCAUAGCUGGAGCUGCCUACGUGGCGGCGGAUCUGCCGCUCCAGACUCUGUACAGCACCGACGGCGCCGACACUUAUGCUCUGGCUUUCACCGUGCCUUAUUACAACAAGGCCGGGGACGUAGUGAGGAUUAGUUUUCAUAACCCGGGAGCUCAAGAGGAUGCUGCUUGUGGGCCUUUGCUCGAUGCCGUUGCCAUUAAGCAGAUCCCGCGGCUUACAUUCACCAAAGGCAACUUGGUAAAGAACGGCGGAUUCGAGAUCGGCCCCCACGUCUUCACCAACUACUCCACCGGCGUCCUCCUCCCGCCGAAACAACCCGCCGACAGAACCUCCCCGCUCCCCGGCUGGAUCGUCGAAUCCCUCAAACCGGUCAAAUACGUCGACUCCCGCCACUUCGCCGUCCCCUCGGGCCGCGCCGCCGUCGAGCUCGUCGCCGGCAGAGAAAGCGCCAUCGCACAGGUCAUCCGAACCGUCGCCGGGAAAUCCUACAACCUGUCCUUCACCGUCGGCGACGGCAAGAACGACUGCCACGGCUCCAUGAUGGUCCAGGCCUUCGCUUCGAACAAAACCCUCCAGGUCCCGUUCGAGUCCGCCGGCAAGGGCCGGUUCACGACGGCCAGCCUCGUUUUCCCGGCGGUGUCGAACCGGACGAGGAUCACGUUCUUUAGCAACUAUUAUCAUACCAAGUUGAAGGAUUUUGGGCACCUCUGUGGCCCUGUUUUGGAUGAUGUUCGGGUUUUCGGUCUUCGUAGCCACAAGAAGUUGGUCAAGUGAUAUGACGCGAAAAUAUAUGUUCUGACGCUCAAGUUAGUAUACUGCGUUUUGCUAAACGUGAGUAUACGUUCCGUGUUUAGGUUUGGAGCAAUCGAUAUACUUAUAGAGUGCGAUAACGUGGAUGAUUUUGAUGAAUCAAUAUACUCUGUUUUUCUUCCAUCAUGACAGAGUAAUUUGUUGAAUCGAGAGUGUCUGGAACGAAUCGUAGCUACAAGAAGAAGCUGGUCUAGUGAUGGAAUGAAUUAAACAUGUUAUUUCUACAUAACUAUGAUAUAUAGUAAAUAUUGUAAUAAUCCGGACCAAAUCAGUGGUUGAAUUUUGUUGUCUUGGCGACUAAACUACUGAAUUGUGGGAAAGUCCGACAAACCGACCAUCGGCGGCCGUCCUAGCUUUGCUUUGACGUGGUGGAACCGCCGUUAGUCAAACUGGUGGUGUGGAAUCAAUGAUUUAAUUAAUGACAUGACCGCUUAUAAUAUUUUCUUGUGACGUUUCAUGGUUGUUGAUGAGGCAAUUCUGGAUUGAUUAAGUUUAUACGAAACAAGAUCUUGGGGGCAGCAAUCAUGCCACCUCGCCAAUAGUUCUUUGGAGAGUGGUUUAGUUUGGUGGUCAAUGCCUAUAUUUGAUUCUUGUCAAGUCGGUGGUCAGAUUCGAUCGACUAGUUAUUAUAUUCGAAACGAGGAUACAAUAUAGGAGAAUGAAAAAAAGCGAACAUAUAUGACAUAACUAAUGAAUCAAUAAUCGUAAAAAAAAACUAACAGAAUCUAAAUCUCCCUACUUUGUGAUUUUGAGAGAGGUAAAUAAUUACAAUAAGAUAUAAAAAAUUAUUCAAUAAGACAAGUUUAAAAUGAAAAUGCUCAUUUUUUUCCCAUAACAAGGGAGGCGGAGGCCAAGCAAAAGGAGUAACAGGAGUGGUUUAGUUAGAGGAAGAAGACGAGACAACAACAAUAUCAUGCUCAAAGCUGAUGCUCAUAUUAUUCUUUUGAAAGAUGGAAAUUAAGUCGUGUGAUGAAUUCACAAACUCAUGCAUACCAUAGGAAUAGACGAGAUGGAUCAAAAAGCUCAGAUCAACAGGGCAAGGUCCAACCGUUAACUAAUUUUAAUUUGGUACACAAAAUUAAAUAGCAAAAGUUGGG